UGUGUGAGGUGUCAGUUGAGGGAUUUCCGGGUCCUCAACUCCACCCAAAAAAAAAACACUAGGAUAUAUAGCAGAACAGAAAAUCUCUGCCACUCUGCCAGGCUUGUACCAUACCAUCACACUGAAGAGCUGAAGGGGAGAGGGACUGAAGGGGAGAGGGACUGAAGGGAGGCAUCCCACAAUUUCGGAGCUCGAUCAGGUAUGCAGUUCAUGCUCCUAGCUCUAUCGCAAACUUCGGGGGUAUCAUCGUAUGGUUGCGGCUGCGUCGAUGGAAUACUCUGUGAUGCCCAAUUCCUGAUUGUUCAGAAACUACAUCCAAACCCAUCGCCUCAUGUGAAAAACUUGGCCCCAGAAUUCUCUGAACAUGGGUGACAUUCCCGAGCCGGAAACUGCUGCCAUGGCCGUGCCGGAGCCGUCGUCUUGCCUCACCCUUCGAGUCUUCUACCUGAGGGUGAGCAGGUGCGAGGUCGACGAGUCCAUGCUGGACACCCUCACGCUCACCCACAUCCCGCUCACACCUGACACCAACCUUGAAGUGAGCGGCGCCGACGCCGAUCAGAAGCCAAGCAUCAGCAGCGGCAAGGGCAGCACCGUGUCGUGCUCCCUCCGCCGCGGCCGCGUCGACGCGAGGUCGGAGGAGGCCACCUUCGUCAGCACGGCGACCGUCAGGAUGUCCGGCAGCGUGCGGUUCGAGGUCCACCACAGGGACGAGCGGCUCCUCGUGGGGAUCCUGGAGAUGUGCGACGCGGAGGGCGAGGGGAAGAAGAGCUGGGUGAUGAAGUGCCAGGUCGCGACGCAGAGGGGCACGGGGUUCUUGAGGUGCGGCCGGGAUACGGAGACGAAGCCGCCGGCGGUGGAGGUGUACGUGGCCGGUGUGUUCCGGGGCACGCCGAUCGUGUUCACCAAGGCGAUGCAGCUGCGGUUCCGGAGGCGGCGCCAGGUGAAGGCGUUCAUGGACCCGAUCCCCGAGUGCGGCGAGCAGGCGGAGGACAUGAGCCCAACGCCUCCGAAGCAUGAACCGCAGGAGUCGGAGUACAGGUGCUACAAGCCCGAGCCGGACGCGGACGACGAGGAAAGCAGCCUCUACAUGAAAUCCGCAGGGCUGGACGAAGAUGAGGAGUACAGCGAGCUGUCGUGGUUCACCGCCGGGGUGCGGGUCGGCGUCGGCAUCAGCCUGGGCAUCUGCCUCGGCGUCGGCAUCGGGGCCGGCCUCCUGCUCCGCUCGUACCAGUCCACCUCCAGGACCCUCAAGCGGCGGCUCAUCUCGAACCUGCUCCGAUGAACCCACGGCAGUUCGAGCGCUCACCUGGGUGGCUACUGCUAAAACUUUCUUAGUGAUGAAAAAAAAAAUGUAGAUGAUGAAGACGUUGUGCAUAUACGAAUGCUUCUUCUUUUUAUAUGACAUAGCAGGCUACUGCUAAAACUUUCUUAGUGAUGAAAAAAAAUGUAGAUGAUGAAGACGUUGUGCAUAUACGAAUGUUUCUUCUUCUUAUAUGACAUAGUAGUGCUCUUGCUUU